CAAAUAAGAGUUUUGAGCUUCCGUUACUAGUAUACAUAUUUGAUUAGUUUUAGAGAUCUAAAGACAAGAGACAGAGAGAAGGAUCGAAAUUAAAUUUUUAGUUGUAGAGACCUAAAAAGAAGAUAUUCCAAGCCAAGGAAAAAAAAUGCCGAAUGAAGAAAACAUAGAGAAAGUGAAUCCCGCUGUUGGGGACAACGUAAGCGGUGAAGUAACCAAAGGAGACGGUCCAACAGAGAAUAACUCGGGUCCAACACCUAAAAAGAAACUCAGAUGGAUAGAUUUUGUAAGCCCUCCUCCAUGGGAUUCUCGAAGCAUUCUACGCAAUAAAGAUAAUUGGGAUUCAUAUGAGGUCCCUAAUUGGAUGAAGAGUAUUCCCGGUGUUAGAUCUGGUGCAUAUAAGUUGGCUUUCGGUGUAUUAUUUGCAAUUUUAACAAUCGUCAGCCCUAUUCUGCAGCAUAAGUUUGGUGAUGGAGUUACACAACUCUUUCUCAGCACUAUAGGUAUGAAUUUUGCUGUUCCUGGAAAAGAUUCAGCUACACCACUCUUAUCGAAUCUAAGCACUCCUUGUACAAAUAUUACUGUUUCGAACAGAGAUCCAGUUACGGAAGUACUCUUAUGGAAUCCAAGAGCAUUUCGUCGUGAUGAUUUUCUAUCUGUCGAAGAAUGUAAACAUCUUAUGACUUUGGGAGACUCGGCUUUUAACGGUAGCUAUCGAGCGACCAUUCCCAAGGACCCUGCGGUUGCAGCCAUAGAGAAGAGGAUUGCCACAUGGACCUUUCUCCCUACAGAAAAUGGCGAGCCUAUGAAAGUAGUGAAAACUGGAAAAUGGCAAAAGGAAGAAGAAGCAGAACGUGAUUACUCAUUUAUCACUGUACUGAUGUAUCUCAAUGACGUCGAAAGCGGUGGUGAAACCGUAUUAUUAGAAGAUGCAACGAAGAAACAAAGCCACGUAACCAAGUAUGACUUGCCUGGGGGGUGCACAGAAAAAGGAAUUUCAGUAAAACCACGGAGAGGAACUGCCCUUCUCCUGUUUAAUCUCAACGCAAGUGUUCUUCAAGGCGCUUUUAGCAUCCGUAGAGACUGCCCCGUGCACAUGGGUGAAAAAUGGACUGCAAUCAAGUUGGUUCACGUAGAUUCAUUCAGUGACUGCGCAGAUAUGAACGAUCAAUGCAUUGGAUGGGCAAAAGACGGAGAAUGUAAGAAGAAUGGACGUUACAUGUCGAAGGCCUGUAGGAAGAGCUGUAACGAAUGCUGACGUGUUGUUUCAUCUUGCCUGUGAAUACCACCGCUACUGGUACUUAUUACAGGUUAUUAUAUUAUUUAAUAAUUAAAAUUGAUUUCACCGAUGGUGGGUCGAUAUUGUCGAUUUGAGAUUAUUCGGGUGUAUUUAUUUAGUAUUCUGAAUUUAUUAUAUUUUUCUAUUUACAGUAAAACUUCAAUUAAUAGUUUUCGGACCGUAGAAAAUUAUUAAUUUAUUGAGUUAAAA